UGGCCAUGCCCCCAUGUGGCUUCAACCAACACCACAACGCAGAUAUAAUAUAAUAGAGAGCAAUUAAGAGAGAGAAAGAUCAUAACAUUUAAAAGAGAUAUAAAGAAGAAUGGAAGAAUUGGACAUAGUGAUUGUUGGAGGUGGUAUUGCUGGUCUUGCAACUUCACUUGCUCUUCACAGGAAGGGUAUAAAGAGCGUUGUGUUGGAGAGAUCAGAGUCCGUAAGAUCAGAAGGAGCAGCGUUUGGUAUUCAGACUAAUGGCUGGCUUGCUCUUGAACAACUCGGUGUUGCUGAUAAGCUUCGUCUUAAUUCUCUUCCACUUCCUCAGAUAAGAGAUGUUUUGAUCGAAAAAGGGAUCAAGCGAAGAGAAUCGGUCGGACCAGCGUCGUAUGGAGAAGUAAGAGGUGUAAUAAGGAAUGAUUUGGUCCGAGCUUUGGCUNAUGCUCAUCUGCAAAACAAUACAACAAGAUAA